UUAACCUCCCCCCCGCGAUUCCAUGAACUGAUUGCGCUCAAACUCACCCAUAUCCUCAAAUUCUCCCUUCUCUUCACACACACCUUAAACCAUGACAAUUCCACCUUCCUUAUCCCUUCUCACUUUCUUCCUCGUCGCCUGCUCCGCAGCAGCUGUCGACCCUCCCUCCGUCGCACCCGCCGCCGCCCCCACCCCAUCGACUGCCGCCAACGCCUCUGAAUUCAUCCGCACGAGUUGCGAAACCACACUGUACCCCGAACUCUGCUACCACUCACUAGCCGGCUACGCCAAUGCCGUACAACAAGACCCCGGUCGCCUGGCCCGUGUAGCCAUCGGCGUGAGCCUCUCCCGGGCCACGCGCAUGACAAUUUACCUCGCGAACGUCUCCCGCCAAGUGGACUACGGCGCCGACCACCGGGAAGCCGUGGCCCUCCACGACUGCUUCACCGUCUUCGGCGACGCGGUGGACCAGAUACGAGGGUCGCUGAAGCAGAUGCGGCAGCUGACGGGGACAGGGGAGGAGCUGAGGUUCCAGAUGAGCAACGUGCAGACGUGGAUGAGCGCAGCCUUGACGAAUGAGGACACGUGCGUGGACGGGUUCGAGGAUGUGGGUGACGGGCCGGUGAAAAUGGACGUCUGCGAUCGGACGGUAAAGGUGAAGGAGGUGACGAGCAAUGCGCUUGCGCUGGUGAAUAGCUACGUUGCUAAGGUUAUGGCCCCAUGAAACAUAAAUUCUGAUUUUUGUGUGUGAAAAUUUUUAGGUUAGGUUACUUUUGUUCGGUGGUAAGAGUAAAAAAUCGGAUUGAAUUUUUUAUUGCAAAAUUUAUUUUAUUUUUUAUUUUAUUUAAUAUACACACAUUAUAUAUAUAUAUAAAUAUAUAUUUAUAUACGUGAUGUGUGUAUGUUAAAUUGAAUAGAAGAUGAAAUAAGAUUCACAAUAGACAAUUCAAUUCGAUUAAAACAACUAUAGAUAGUGAAAAAGGGUAUAAGAGUAAAUUGAUAAGGGAUAGUGUAUGUAUAUCUAAACUUUUUUUGUCUUUUUUUUUUUUCUGGUACUGUGGAUUUAUGUACUUAAUUAGGGAUUCGUCGUGGUACAAUAUUUUGGGUUUUGCUGUGCCAUUGUUUG